AUGUCCCGAGCAUGGCUGACCACUCUCCUGGGGCUGCUGAGUGCGGCCUGGCUGCCUGCAGGCUCAGGGAGGCCUGGACCCCCAGCCCCGCCGGGGCCGGCCCUUGCCCUUGGCAGCUGGAAGGCCUUCCUGGGCCUGCAGAAACCCAGGAGGCUGGGGACAGAUGGGCUGCAGGAUGGGCAGGAGGUGACCACCUCCGUGUCUUUGCCACUGGACCCUAAAGAAGUGACCCAGGAAAUGUGUAAGGCUGUGCCCUUCAUCCAGGUGCUCUCCCGGCCUGGCUGCACUGCUGUCCGUGUCCGAAAUCACCUCUGCUUUGGCCGCUGCUCCUCCCUCUACAUCCCGGGCUCAGACCCCACCCCGCUUGUCCUCUGCAACAGCUGCGAGCCCACUCGCCAGCGCUGGACACCCAUGGUCCUGUGGUGUCGGCCGGGCAGCCCAGCCUCCUCCCGUCGGCGGGUGAAGGUGUCCACCAGGCUGGUGGAGGGCUGUCGGUGUGGACCAAAGCUAUGACGCAGCACUGUGACAGACGCACAGAGACGCGAAUCUCGGAGAGAUGGGACGGCAACACGGACCUAGAGGAUGGAUUCUGGGUCACGAGACCAGGGACUCAGGGCCACAGACGGCUCUCCAAAGUCACCCUGCUCCCAACGACACUAGCACAGCCCCACUCACGGGGCUGGGCCACUCAUAGCCGCAGCACGCACUUACUGACUGCCCACUGUUUGCAGGGCCCUUUGACAAGUGCUCACUCAUGUCCUCCUCAGGAGGUGAUCCUCAGAGGCCUACGGAGGCAGGGUCAACUUCAUGCCAUUUUACAGAUUAGGAAACCGAGGCCCUGACUUUGCAAGGCACGCACCCAGCGUCA